AUGAAUAAUAAUACAGAGAAGAGAAUUGGAUCGAUGAAGGUUCCUGAAGAAAUCGUAUACGAAAUCUUGCUUAGGUUACCCGUCAAGUCUCUACUUCCGUUCACGACAGUGUGCAAGUCAUGGAAUUGUAUGAUCAAAAGCUCUGCCUUCAUCCACACCCAUCUCGAAUCCAACCAUCGAAACAACGACGUUCAACUCCUCCUCCACCAUCCUGAAUUUGAUAUUUACUCAUUGUACAGGGACGACGACAACAAAGACGACAGCCGUGCAUGUGCAUCAUCGUCUACGUUUAUAGAGUAUAGUACCAAUCUUGACAAUCCAUAUGCAUUUUACGCCGAACGCACUGGAACCAAGACCUGGGGAUCCGAGUUUGUGGGAACUUGUAACGGGCUCGUGUGCAUUGCUGGGAAAGACAUUGAUUUGACCACAUUAGUUUGGAACCCUAGCAUCAGAAAGUUUGUGGUUUUGCCCAAGUCUGGUGUUACCUUUUGUCAUGAAUAUGAUCAUCGAGAAGUAAUAACCUUUGCCUUUGGCUACGACAGGCGUGCCAAUGACUAUAAGGUCUUACGAAGAGUGCCUUGUUUUCUAGGAGGCCCAUUGGUUUCAUGUCAAUAUGAGAUUUGGUCGUUAGCCAAGGGCUCUUGGAAGACUCUCAUCAAUACUGCUAAUGAUCGUCAUCAGGAACGUGACAUUGGAAACCGGUUUUUUGAGGCUGGUCAUCCGCCUGCUUUUGUCAAUGGUGCUCUGCAUUGGCUUCAAGCCAACGUGAGCACCUGGAAUAUUUCCAUUGUGUCGUUUGAUAUCUCCGGUGAAGUGUUCGGCAAAAUAGCCAUACCACCAAAAGCUGAAACAAGAAAAUGUUUCGAUUUUAAUCGACAUUGCGUGGUUUCGAGGUAUAGAGAGUCCCUUGCAUUUUUCGAAAGCUGUCGGGAGAGGAGGGAAAGUGGUUUGGUUCUUCUCAUGAACAUGUGGGUGAUGGAGGAGUAUGGUGUGGCCAAAUCAUGGACUAAACUAUUUGCAAUAUGCCUGGAAGGGAGUAUUUGUAGACUGGUUGGUUGUAGUAAAAGUGGUGAAGAAGUUGUGCUCAAACUAAUAGUUGAUGAUAUCGUUGAAUAUCAAUCUGUGAACACUAAGACCAAACAAGUUAAGAAUUUUCAUUUUGAUGGAGAAUGUUCUACUUAUUACUCGGUCAUGGGUGCUUUCACAGAGAACCUUGUCUUGCUUGACCGGCCUAAUGUAUUUACAUACUAA